UGCCAUUUUAAUUUCCAAGCUUUGAAAAGACAAACAAGAAGAGAGAGAGAGAGAGAUUCGCGAGUUCUUCGUUCGUUCUGCUUUUUUUUGUGUGUUGGAGAGAGAGAGAGAGAGAGAGAUCAGAGAUGUCUGUCUUUGAAGAAGACUCCUUCGUUAUACUCAACGAUGAUGCGUCUGAGUCCGUUCCAGUCUCAGGCUCUUUUGACGCCACUGACUCUUUCUCAGCCUUCGACGGCUCAGUCCAAGUCGAUGACUCCGUCGACGAUAUCUUUGCAGCGCCGUCUUCUGACUACGGUGCUGCUUACUCGAACGGUGACGACGGCCUCUUCAGAUCCAACGGUGAACACGACGGUCCUAUCUUGCCACCACCUUCGGAGAUGGAAUCAGAUGAGGGAUUUGCUCUUAGAGAAUGGCGAAGACAAAAUGCAAUUCAACUUGAAGAGAAGGAGAAGAGANAUGUCUGUCUUUGAAGAAGACUCCUUCGUUAUACUCAACGAUGAUGCGUCUGAGUCCGUUCCAGUCUCAGGCUCUUUUGACGCCACUGACUCUUUCUCAGCCUUCGACGGCUCAGUCCAAGUCGAUGACUCCGUCGACGAUAUCUUUGCAGCGCCGUCUUCUGACUACGGUGCUGCUUACUCGAACGGUGACGACGGCCUCUUCAGAUCCAACGGUGAACACGACGGUCCUAUCUUGCCACCACCUUCGGAGAUGGAAUCAGAUGAGGGAUUUGCUCUUAGAGAAUGGCGAAGACAAAAUGCAAUUCAACUUGAAGAGAAGGAGAAGAGAGAAAAGGAAUUGUUGAAUCAGAUUAUUGAGGAAGCUAUUCAAUACAAAGAAGAGUUCCAUAAGAAGAUUGAAGUAAUUUGUCAAAACAACAAAGCAGCUAACAGGGAGAAGGAAAAGGAAGCUCAAACACAACCCACCUUCUCACCUGAAGCUCACUUCUCAACCUCCAUCUGAUGCCAUUGCUCCUCCUACUCCUCCAAAGAAUGUUCCCGAAACCAAACCCACCGAGGCCGUUGCCGCUGCUUAAAAUAACCCUCUUUGGUUUUCUUUUUUUCCUUGUUUACAUCUGUGUGAAUUCGGUCUUUACAUUUCAUUAUGUGUUAUAAACAGCUGAGGAUUGUUAUGGGUCAUGCGUGGAAUGUUGUUAUUAUUAACAUAACUGUCGUAUUGGAAUGAUAUUUUUCAUGUUUAUUUAAAUUCAA